AUGAGCCGCGUGGACUGGAAGGUCCGUUACCACCACUUCAAGCACAGCGUGCCCACCUUUUGUUCGCCCUUUAGUGGCCGGGAGAUCACAUCGGUGGCACAUCCUGAUGAGGUUGCUUACCUCCGAUGCCGGCUUUGUACAGAUGUCGUCGCUGAGGGAUGCAGCCAGGGAGUCUAUCUCGAGGUGGAGGUCGCGAGCAACUCAGACAACCUCAGCAUGGCUGUGGUUGACUUUGAGGCAGGCGGUUGCAGUAGUGUCACCUUCAGUCCAGACACAGGCGCCGUCAUCCGGGAACGCAAGGUAAGGGAAGCUCCGCGGAAGGUGGAAGGCGCAUAUAUUCAGCCCUUGCCCACGGUCACGACGGGCCGUCCAUUCCAUGGGCUCAUGGGCGAGAUUCCAAGCCAACGCUAUGCAGCGGCAUUCUCAGCCUUUGACAGACGCCAGCUGGGCCCCUGGGAGACGACGGGCUUUGUGUCGGAUCUUGAUUGGGCUGAGGGCAGACGCUUGACACCCUGCUUGGCCUUCCGCGAUGAGGGCGCUUACCGUGUGCGACGCCACCACUUGAUGUACAGAAAGCUACUCGCCAAGACUCCAAAGUCGCAGACUGGAGAACCAGCUGGAGUGACUUUGACUGGGAGGCAUGACAUGGAGAUCACCUUGGGCAACCUGACGCCAUCAACACCCGAUAACCCAGUUCACUUGGCAUGGUGGGCGCCCAGAAAAUCGCAGACGGCGUGGAACCCUCAUCUGAACUUGGCAGGAUGUGCGGUCUACCCACAUAUGAACUUUGCAUAUCCCAAGUACGAUGAUGAGGACUUCAAUGGAGGCAAUCUCCAGGUUGGCAGCAAUGGCCAAGUCACCAUCCGCUUUCGAGCACCGUCGACAUAUUUUGUGUCAACCUGGAUUUCAGUGCCACAUGUGCACCUCCGACUUUGCAGCAAUGACACCUUCGCGCAUACCACACAAGAUGCCAUUGUCUUCGUGAAGGACGGCCCCGAACUCGUCGCUGGAGAGGCGGGAGUGAACAUGUGCACGUUUGCACAACGGCUAUUCAAAGGCAACAACAACAGCCGUGGUGUUUGA